AUGUCAGGUUCUUCUAGCAUUACCGCCAUGAAGAAGGUGGUUCAGCAGCUCCAGCUGGAAGCUGGUCUCAACUGCAUGAAGGUUUCCCAGCCAGCUGCAGACUUGAAACAGUUCUGUCUGCAGAAUGCUCACCAUGACCCUCUGCUGACUGGAGUGUCUUCAAGUAUAAAUCCCUUCAGACCCCAGAAAGUCUGCUCCUUUUCAUGGUCAUCUAUCUUAAGGUUUCUCAAACCACUUUUCACGAACGGGUGA